GAGAGUUUAUCAAAAUGGCUCCGUAUUCGUGGAAUUUUUCGUCAUUAGCGAUCAUCACGCCAACUAAUACUGUCAAAAAAAACAGAUUAGAGUGAAGUUGACUGGAUUACAUCACCAGCCAUAUUCAAGGCAAGCUUGAUGUGCGGGAAUUUCUUCAAAAUAGGAACAAGAAAUCAAUUUUUUAAAUUAUUAAUUUACUAACGAUCAUAACUUUUAUGUUUCGUAUACAAGAUGGAAUAAAAAAAAUAUCUGGUGCAUCGUUGAAACUGAUAUUAUAAAAUAAUACAAAAUCAUAAAUCCGAAUUAUGGCAGACAUCGAGGAUUCUCACUUUGAGACCGGUGACUCCGGUGCUUCAACAACAGUUUCUAUGCAAUGUUCAGCAUUGCGUAAAAAUGGGUUUGUCAUGUUGAAGGGUCGACCUUGCAAGAUUGUCGACAUGUCUACUUCUAAAACUGGAAAACAUGGUCACGCUAAGGUCCACCUUGUUGGAAUCGAUAUAUUUACCUCCAAAAAAUAUGACGAUAUUUGUCCUUCCACUCAUAAUAUGGAUGUACCGCACGUAAAGCGUGAAGAUUAUCAGUUAACAGACAUUUCCGAUGAUGGUUAUUUGACUUUAAUGGCUGAUAAUGGUGAUCUUCGUGAGGAUCUAAAGAUCCCUGAAGGUGAUGUAGGAAAUCAACUACGCACUGACUUUGAUUUAGGAAAAGAAUUACUUUGCACUGUUUUGAAGGCCUGUGGUGAAGAAGUUGUCAUUGCUAUAAAAACCAACACUGCCCUCGACAAAUAAUUUUAAAAUAAUUAUAACCAUAUUGAUAAAUAAAACUGUUUCGUUAGAACAAAA